UGUAAUAUUACAAAUAAUGAUUUAUGGUAACCAAUUGUAGAAUUGGAGAAAAAAAUAAUAUGUUUUAUCAAUUUCUUUUUUUAUCAAUUAUUUAUAUAAUUAAAUUAAAUACUUAACUUUUUUUAUUGAAUUUUUUAUGGUUAUAUAUUCUUAUAUAAAAUAAUUAUAUUUGUAGGUAAAAAGUAUUAGAACUUUUCAUGGUUUCUAAAGUCCACACAAAGAAAUUUACAAAAUAUCUUCAUGAUAAAAGCAUCCGAUCAUUGUAUUGGUUCUACAAAAAAACUCUUUUUUUAUUUUUUGAAAGCUAGAGUAUUCUCGGUUUUUUCACACGUUAAAAUAAAAUAUAAAGUAAUUCUAUAACCAAUUAUCUGAAUUGAUUAUAAUAUUGCUUUUAUGUAAAAGAAAUAUUUGUAAUAACUAAGAUUUACGUUGUUGAACUAUUUUAAAUCUCACUGAUCUUUAAAAAUAUAUAAUAAAAAUUUUGAUUAUCCAACUAUUUGAAAUUUAAAAUUAAAAUGUUAAAAUUUUAAUUAUUAUUCAAAAAUCAUAACAAUGUAAACUUAAUAUAUAGUUCCUUAUAUAAUAUAAUUACCCUCCAAAUUGUGGGCAAACACCUAAUAGUAAGCUCAAAGUCAUUCAAAUUCUCAAGAUGUGUUUCCCGGAUUUCAAAAUUCAAUACUUCCCAAGGGUGCAAAAUGGAAUUGCUGACUCGCUAGCUAGGAAUGUCCGUUCCUUUCAUAGAUCUUUGUGUUUUGUUGGUUGUUCUAUUCCGGUCUGGUUAUCCAGACCACUUCAAGUUUGAGUAAUAGAAUAGCUGUUUGUUACCAAAAAAAUAAAAAUAAAAAACACCUAGUAGUAAUUUUAUUUGAAUCUCUCAUAGGUUCUCGUGGAUGGAGUACAAGCACAAAACAAACUUUGGCAGCUUUGAAAGCACAGUAACCCAAAGAUUCGAAUCUUAAAUAUAAGAUUAGGGGACAUGUAACCUCAAAACACACGAAAAUCUUCAUAAAAAAACUACUAAUUCUUUAACGGCUCUGUUUUUUUUUUUCUCCUUUUCGCUGUUUUAGUUAAUUAUUUAUCUAUUUCAGAUGUCCUAAUAACAAGCAAACUUCAAAGAUUUGUCAAGAGAAAAAAAUGGUCCUAGUUGAGGAGCUCUCAGACGUAACAACAUCACAUGGAGAAAAUGAUGAUGUAUCCUCCUAUGAUGAUGAUGACGAUUCAUUAACCCCAUCUAUGGUCUUCGACCAAAUCAUGGGACCCACGGUGAUGCUUGCAUCCCACGAGCACCCUUUCUACAUACACGGUAGCAGCAACGGUCACUGCGACGGAUGUCCAGAACGUAGAGACAACGGUUUCUUUGGCUACAGCUGCCCUACCUGCGACUUCACUGUCCACAAAGAAUGUGCUGAGUCAUCGCCAGAGAUUAACCAUCCUUCUCACCGGAGACAUCCCCUCACGCUCUUCAAGCAUGGCCUACCACUAGCUGCCGCAGACGAUAAGUGUCGUCUAUGUGGAGAAAAGCUUGGAAAAUUAGUAUACCAUUGCUCCAUAUGUGAUUUCAGCAUAGAUCUUUAUUGUGCGCGAAAUCCUCUUGAGUUGGUCGUUCACUACCCAAAAGGACAUGAACAUAUCCUCACUCUCAUGCCAAGGCUCAUACGCUUCACUUGCAAUGCAUGUGGUCUUGAAUCCGACCGGUCUCCUUACGUUUGUCCUCAGUGUGAUUUCAUGAUCCAUGAAGAUUGUAUCUACUUGCCACGCGUCAUAAGCAUUAUACGUCAUAGACAUCGCAUCUCUCGCACUUAUUUUCUCGGCUCUGGAGAUUGGACUUGUGGAGUUUGUCGAAGAAGAGUGGACGGGAGAUAUGGGGCGUAUUGUUGCUCUAUUUGUCCAGACUACGCGGUUCAUUCAAAAUGCGCCACGAGAAGCGAUGUGUGGGAUGGGCGAGAGCUUGAGGACGAGCCAGAAGAAAACGAUGAAUGCGAAGAGCCCUUUUGGGUUGUGAGUGACGGGGUGAUAAAUCACUUUAGCCAUCGAGAACAUGAUCUACGACUCGAAGAUGGUCUUGCUAAUAUCCUUGGCGAGCAUACUCGUUGUAGAGCAUGCGUUCGUCCUGUCUAUUCUAACUCAUUCUACAGUUGUAUGCAUUGUGAUGAUUUCGUUCUCCAUGAAACAUGUGCUAACCUUCCUCGAAAGCAACGACACGUGCUGCACAAUCAUCAACUUACUUUGUACAAUGAUGAUAGCAUAGUCAUGGACUUUCCAAGUACUCGUGGAGUAUUCUUGUGCUCUGCUUGUGACCGACUAUGCAGUGGUUUCAGGUACGAAUGUUGCAAUAUCAAGUUAGAUGUAAGAUGCGGUUCAAUAUCCGAACCAUUCUUGUACGAAUGCCAUCCGCAUCCUCUGUUCCAAACUUCAAUAGGUAGCAAGAUAUGUGCGGUUUGCAAGCAAGAGUCGGUUUAUGUUCUUUCUUGUCUGGACUGCGAUUUUGUUUUGGAUUUCAAGUGUGCUACCUUACCAAAUAGGGUAAGGUACAAAUAUGAUAGAAAGCCUCUCAGUUUAUGCUACGAUGGAGACAAGGACGUGACAGGUAGUUACUGGUGCGAGAUAUGCGAGGGAGAAAUGGAUCAAAAGAUAAUGUUCUACACUUGCGAAAGUUAUGGCUCGACUAUUGAUAUUCACUGUGUACUCGGAGACUUCAGGUAUGUGAAGCCUCGACUGCAGUUUGAGUUCAAUGGAAAAAAAUGGAAAGUGGCUUUAAAUGGUAUAAAUCGACCAGGAUGUUACAAGUGUGGCUUUCGUUGCAAAGGACCUUUUGUUGCAGUAAGGGUAGACUAUGAUAAUGGUGUUGUUUGUUCUCUUUCAUGUUUAUGGAAAGGAGAUACUUUCGAAUUUGUAAGAAGAAUAGACUAAAUGAUAUUCUCCAUGACCAUCCUUCUUUUUAUGCAAUGUAACGAUGAUUCUCCAGAAGGUUUAAUAUUUUUGUUCUUCUUGGUUUUCUUUGGCCAGCACAUGAUCAUAAUCAAGAUCGGAUGGAAUAUAUUUCCAAGUAAACUAUUAGAAAAGUUAGCAUUUGUAGAUAAAUUAAUUUUCUAUUUUAGUCUGUAAGGAAUUUACUAGACAAUUAAUUAAUGAAGUUUGUAUAAAUAAACCUACAAAACUAGAAUAAAAUAACAAAAAUUAUCCUACUAUAUAAAAGGAGCUAAAUUAUUGAUUCCUAAGCCUAUCCACAUGUGCACAAAUAUUCAGGACCAACCAAUAUGCCAAGUCAUCACGAAGUGGGCUUGCAAUUAAAAAAAAAUUCAACAAUUUGCAGCCCAUUAGACCCAUCUCCUAGCUCACUCCCGAGCCACUCUCUCAUAAGCAUAAUCCCGUGUU